AAAGUUCUGCAGCCAGAAGCAAGGUCAAUCGGCCGCCAAAGAAAACCUUCAUCUGUUCUUCAUGGCUAAUCCAAUUCCUGUGCCUCUAUUUGAAAAGGUGUUUCCUAAAAACACAUACCAAAGAGCUAUAGACUUCACUAUCUUGUUCCUUCUCUUUUGUCUCUUAAUCUAUCGUCUCCUUUCUGUCAAUAACCAUGGAGUUGCUUGGUUUCUCGCUUUCUUAUGCGAGUUUUGGUUCGCCAUCAAUUGGGUUCUCAUUGUUUGCACAAGAUGGACUCCUAUGCUGUACAAACCAUUUCCUCAACGCCUCCAGCAAUGGGUGCCGGAGCUUCCACCGGUGGAUGUGUUUGUAACAACGGCUGAUCCUGUGCUAGAGCCGCCUAUCCUUACAGUGAACACUGUGCUAUCUGUCUUAGCAGUUGACUAUCCAGCUGACAAAGUGGCUUGCUACGUCUCCGAUGAUGGCUGCUCGCCCCUUAUAUUCUAUUCUCUCGUUGAAGCAUCUAAAUUUGCCAAGCUCUGGGUGCCAUUCUGUAAGAAAUAUAAUAUUCAAGUUAGAGCUCCCUUUCGGUACUUCUCAGACGAGUCUAAACCGUCCAGUGCAAAUUCUUGGGAUUUCCAACGGGCCUGGGAAAAUGUGAAGGAAGAGUACGAGCAGCUUCGCUGGCGCAUAGAAACUGCAGCUCCGCAGCCUUUAAACAUUGGUCUAACUGGCGAGCUGGCUGUUUUUUCAAAUACUGAGCUGCGAAACCAUCCGGCAAUUGUCAAGGUCCUAUGGGAGAACAAAGACGGUCUCUCAGAUGGGGUGCCACAUUUAAUUUACAUAUCCAGAGAGAAGAGGUCAAAGCAUCCACAUCAUUACAAAGCAGGAGCUAUGAAUGUCCUAACUAGAGUGUCCGGGUUGAUGACAAAUGCUCCGUUCAUGCUUAAUCUGGAUUGCGACAUGUUUGUCAACAACACAGAGAUUUUUCGACAGGCAAUGUGUCUCAUGCUCGGUUCCAAGAAUGAAGCAGACUGCGCAUUUGUUAUGUGUCCACAAAUGUUCUAUGAUAGACCAGAAGACUUGCUACUUUUGCAUGAAUAUAUGGGGAAAGGAAUAGUGGGAAUCCAAGGACCUUUCUAUGGAGGCACAGGAUGUUUUCAUAGACGAAAAGUUAUUUAUGGUCUAUGGCCGGAUGAGAUAAAAAAUCAAGGAAAAUUAUAUGACAAUGAAUCACUAAAAGAAUAUGGAAACUCAAAGGAAUUCAUGAAAUCGGCCGUUGAUGCUUUGAAAGGGAAGACAGAUUAUUUUCGUAGCAGCCUAUCUAACUCUCUCGAGGCAGCUCACCAAGUUGCCAGUUGUAGCUAUGAGUACUGCACUGGCGGCUGGGGCAAAAAGUUUGGUUGGAGAUAUGGAUCAACAGUAGAAGAUAUCUUAACAGGUUUGACCAUCCAUGAGAAAGGGUGGAGAACAGGGUAUUGCUCACCGGACCCUCCAGCCUUUCUCGGGUGUGCUGCACCUGGUGGCCCGGCGGUGAUGGUCCAACAAAAGAGAUGGGCCACUGGACUGCUUGAAAUCUUUUUCAGUAAACACAAUCCAAUAAUCGGUACACUCAAAGGCAAGCUCCAAUUCAGGCAGUGCUUGGCGUAUCUGUGGGUGCUUCUGUGGGGCUUCCGUUCCAUUUUUGAGCUUUGCUAUGCUACUCUGCCAGCCUACUGCAUCCUCACUAACUCCAAUUUCUUGCCGAAGGUUCAAGAACCAGGCAUAUAUUUUAUUGUUGCUCCUUUUGUGAUCUACAAUUUGUAUACUCUAUCAGAGUUCGUCCGAACUGGCCUCUCAAUUUAUUCAUGGUGGGUUGCCCAAUGUAUGGCCAGAGUUGUGACAAUAACUGCGUGGUUGUUUGGAGUUAUAAACGUGAUACUCAAGCACGUAGGAUUAUCUGAGACAGUUUUUGAAAUUACACAGAAAGGUCAAUCUACUUCUAGUGAUGAUGAAGGUAAAUUUGUGUUCGAUGAGUCCCCGGUAUUUGUGUCAGCCACGACGGUUGUGCUGGUGCACCUGACCGCAUUGGCUACCGGUUUGUUGGGGUCACGGCCAGUAUCAGUUGAGAAGGGGUCAGGCCUGGGGGAGUUGUUGUGCAGUGGGCUUGUGGUUCUAGCUUUUUGGCCGUUUGUAGAAGGUCUGUUUCGGAAAGGAAAAUAUGGGAUCCCUUUACCCACCUUAUUUAAAUCUGCUGCUUUGGCGUUACUUUUUGUAUAUUGGUGUAAAAUUUAAAAGAAAUCUCCGAGAAUGGAGAUUAUAAAUUUUCUUGCUGAUGAUAUGAAGUGUUGGAUUCA